AUGGAUCCCAGAUUGGUGGAGGCAGCGCUUAAUGGAAACAUCAUUGAACUGCAGAAAUUACUUCAAGAGGACUCCCUCUUACUGGAGAGAGAUUCACUAGCCGUGUACCCUGAAACUGCCCUUCACAUUGCAGCCAUGGGUGGGCAAACAGAGUUUGUGAGGGAGCUACUGAAGCUUAGUAAACCAGAUUUUGCCACCAGACUGAACAAGGACGGGUUUAGCGCAAUACACAUAGCCUCCGCCAAUGGUUUUGUGGAAACAGUGAGAGAGUUAUUGAACUUUAGCCGUGAGCUUGCCCAUCUCAAGAGCAGAGAUGGAAAGACUUCUCUUCAUUGUGCAGCUGUAACUGGGAGGGUUCGAGUUAUUAAGGAAUUGGUUGGCUUUUUUCCCGACUGUAUCGAAGACGUGACUCAAAGAGGCGAGACUGCGCUUCACCUAGCCGUGAAGUAUAACCAAAUUGAGGCCUUCAAAGCCAUGGUUGAUCUAUCGAAGCAGCUUAACGUAAAGGACAUUCUGAAUGCUGGGGAUGAAGAUGGCAACACUGUCUUACACCUUGCAAUUGCAAGGAAGCAGAGUCAGACUGUGAAAUUGCUACUUGGUGGUGAUGGUAUUGGUAGCCAACAAGAAGCAGUCAGUGUGAAUGUGACCAACAAGAGUGGCCUCACGGCUUUGGAUGUGUCCGAUGUCGUACAGCAAAUGAUGGGUGAACCCACUAAUUUCAUGCUUAGGGAUUUGCUUCUGCGCACAGGAGCCUUCAGAGCGUCAGAACUUGAAGACGUUCAAGUUCAUCAUGUGCAGAUCUCGAUGACGACAUUGCCUCCCAAUAAGACUCCCUGCCAGUUCUUAUUACACGAGAUUUCACUUCUAAACCCUUGGAGGGUUUGGAAAAUGUUAGCGAAGGAAGUGAAAAAGUCAUCAUCACAAACUCAAAAUGCAUUGCUUGUUGUGGCUGUACUUAUCGCAAGUAUGACCUACCAAGCCAUACUAAGUCCUCCACUUGGCGUUUAUAACGGCGACGAUUAUAGUCAAGCUAAUUUGUCGUUCAACUUACGAGAAUUCCUUCCAUUCAUGAUUCCCAAUUCCAUUGGGUUUUUCGUAUCGCUUGCGGUGAUUAUUUUGGUAAUGGAUGACUUUCCACUCAGAGCAUUGCUGGGGAUCGCUGUGCGUUGCUUGGCUGCAAGUUAUAUUUGUGGGCUUUUGUUGAUUGGACCUACUAGUGUACAUGAUUCACAGUCGGGGCUGAUAACAAUAGGAACAAUCGUCUCCAUAGACUUCCUUCGCUUCAGCUACUGGUUAUUCAAGAGAUGGUGCAAAGAAAUUAGAAACCGCCGAAGAAUCUAA